UUUUUAAAAUGUUUAGUAGAGACUGUAUCUCACUCUGUUGUGCAGGGUGGUCUUGAACUCCUGAGCUUAAGCGGUCCUCCUGCUUUGGCCUCCCGAAGUGCUGGGAUUACAGGUGUGAGCCACCGCACCUGGCCGAGUAGACAUUCUUAUCCCCAUUGAACAGAUAAGCAAACAGGCUGUCUCAAGCUGGCCCUAAUCUAGCAAAGUGGCUUCCUCUCCCCUCUCCCACCGUGCAGCACCCCCUGGGGACACCACCUCUGUGUUCCCUGCCUUGCUCAGUGUUUUCUCCACUUGGAAUGCCAUGCCACUGCUCAGGCUGUGUUACUUUGCAGAGAGCCGCCCUCCCACUCUCUUCAGUGGCUGCCUCUGCCCUGGGUUCCCCCAGCAGGCAGUAAGCUUUAGGGGCACGGGGCCCCACUGGAUUCCUCCCAAUGUCAGAGCACUUGGGGUGAAUGAUGACCAAACCACUUGUCCCCAGCCCCAGCCCUGGUAGUUUCUCUGCAAGCCCCGGCCAGUGAGGCUGCCUGUGGGGAAGAGUCUGCCGUGCUCUCUCACACCCUCCUCUCUGUGCUGCAGCCCCUCCCACCCAGAUCAUGCCUUUUGCUCCUGCAGCCACCUGGCUGACUCUUACUCUUCAGCUCCCGGCUUAGGCAUUGCCUCGUCUAGGAUGCCUUCCCUCCCCUCCAGCCUGUAUUAGAUGUUGCACUUCUGCCUCUUCCAUUUAUUCAGUCAAUCCUCAACACGUAUUUAUUGAGCACCUAGUGUUUGUGCACUCGUAUCCCCCGAAGACCUGGGCCAUCCUAGGCCCCAUCCUAUCCCCCUAGCACCCAGUACUGGCUGACCUGGAUAUGCCCCGCCCUGUGGCUUCUGCAGCUGCACCUCGUGGAGUCAGACCCCAACCACUUUGCAUCCCAGUUGGUACAGACCUUCAUCCACUUUGACAUGACCGAGCACCGGAGGGAUGAGGAGAAUGCACGGCUGCUGGCAGAGUUGGUGCGGGCUCGCGGCCUAAAGCUAGAUGGCUGCUUCUCCUACUGGGACGACUGCCUGGUGCUCACAGCCCUGCUCUGCCAGGAGCUGGGUCUGCCCUGCAGCCCCCCAGCUGCCAUGCGCCUGGCCAAGAAGAAAAGCCUCACCCAGCUGCACCUGUUGCGCCACCGUGGCCCACCCUGGCCUGCGCCCUCCCUCCAUGCUGUGCCCUGCUGCCCACUGGAGAGCGAGGCUGAUGUGGAGAGGGCCGUGCACCAGGUACCCCUGCCGGGUGUCAUGAAGCUGGAGUUCGGGGCAGGUGCAGUGGGCGUGCGGCUGGUAGAGGAUGCGCCACAGUGCCAUGAGCACUUUUCCCGGAUUACCCGAGACUUGCAGGGCGAGGCCGACCACCCGGGCAUUGGGCUGGGCUGGGGCAAUGCCAUGCUGCUGAUGGAGUUUGUGGAGGGCACCGAGCACGAUGUGGACCUGGUGUUGUUUGGUGGGCGACUGCUGGCUGCCUUUGUCUCCGACAAUGGCCCUACGAGGCUGCCUGGCUUCACUGAGACGGCGGCCUGCAUGCCCACCGGGCUGGCAUCAGAGCAGGAGGCACAGAUGGUGCAGGCAGCCUUCCGCUGUUGCCUGGGCUGCGGGCUGCUCGAUGGGGUCUUCAACGUGGAGCUCAAGCUGACCGGGGCUGGGCCUCGGCUUAUCGAGAUCAACCCCCGCAUGGGUGGCUUCUACCUGCGUGAUUGGAUCCUGGAGCUCUAUGGCGUGGACCUGCUGCUGGCUGCUGUUAUGGUGGCCUGCGGCCUGCGUCCUGCCCUGCCCACCCGCCCACGUGCUCGUGGCCACCUGGUGGGCGUCAUGUGCCUUGUGUCCCAGCACCUGCAGGCCCUGAGUUCCACUGCCAGCCGUGAGACCCUGCAGGCCCUGCACGACCGUGGCCUGCUACGCCUCAAUCUGCUGGAGGAGGCCCUGGUGCCUGGGGAGUACGAGGAGCCCUACUGCAGUGUGGCCUGUGCCGGGUCCAGUCCCACCGAGGCCCGCCUCCGCCUGCUGGGCCUCUGCCAGGGCCUAGGCAUUGACGGGCCCAGCUACCCUGUUGCUCACUUCCUGUCUCACUUCAAAUAGCAGUGGGGCCAGGGGGCAGGGAAGCAGUGCUGGGAGUAGGGACUGUGGUACCCUCUACUCCCUGGAGCUCUUUCUGCCUCUCUCCACAUCGCCAUGCCCCAGCCCCAGCCUGGCCUGCUGCAACGCCUAGGUCUGUUUCAGAGCAGCAGGGCAAUUUUGACACCAAGGCAUCCUGGACUCAAGGGCCUCUUGCCCUCCCAAACGCCCCAGUCCAGCCCAGAGCUUCCCCAGCAUUCUAGACUUGGAGAAGUGACAAUGACCGCACACACACACACCCCUCUGUCGCCAGCUCCCCAGGUGGGAGUGAGCCCAAACCCAGCCCCUCCUGUCCACCCCUCCAGGUCUCACUCUCUUCCUGCCACCUACAAGAGGAGAGGACCUGGCUGGGCCCCAAGCCUUGGACAAAUCCUAGAAAAACCUGAGACUAGAACCCUUGUCUUUCUCUUACCCAAAUUCUAGGAUAGCUCUAGAGCCUGCUAAAAACUUGGUGGCAUCCAACCUGCCUCAUUCGGCCUGAGCAGUAGAGGCAGGUGGACUGUGGACAGAAGCAAUCCUCUUUCCGCUCACCCCGGGCAGACACUACUGCCUGCGUUCCCCCGGUGAAAGGAAACAGGCUGAGAGAGGAAAAAUGACUGCUCCAGCAUUAUACCACCACGGAGGGUGGGUCACAGGACAUGAUGCAGGGUCCAGGUUUCUGUUUUGAUCAAGUCUUACAUGCCCAUUCAGCUUCUAGGCCCCCCUCACCUCCCUGCCCUCAUUCACGAGUGGCCCUGAGACAUGUGAACGCCUCCCUCCUAUGCAUCACAAACCUUCUCCACGAAGCUUUGGUGCUUUGGCCUCCGGCACACCUAACUAGCAUUGGCAAAGGAGUCUACAUUCUCUUCCUCAUUCAGGGAAGAUGCUUUAAGAACUCCUGCCUCUGUGCAGCACAGGAACUGGAGACAGCUCCCCAAGCAUCCCUCCCCAAAUAAAGGCUUAUGUACUAGUGAA